CAAUUCUAUUUACAUUCCCAUUUUCCUCCUCAAAAAAGACUUCCUUUCUCUAUCCCACAAUUUGUCUCUCUUUAUCCAUGAUCUUAGUAUAGUUGAGUUAGAUCAAAGAGAGAUGAAGGACACCAUAAGAUGUUGUAUUUCUUGCAUUCUUCCUUGUGGUGCACUUGAUGUAAUUCGGAUUGUACACUCGAAUGGACAUGUUGAGGAAAUAAGUGGCACAAUUCGAGCAGCCGAGAUCAUGAAACUACAUCCUAGACACGUACUAAAAAAACCGUCUUCGCCAUCCUACACCGAUGAAGGGACAGUUAGUUGUCCCCAGAUCAUAAUCUUGCCACCUGAGGCUGAACUCAAGCGUGGCAAGAUUUAUUUCCUUAUGCCCGUUCCUCCUUCUUCCUUGCCAGAUAAAAAUCGUUCCAAGUCGACAAGGAAGAAGAAAAGUUCUGUUCGCAAUGAUAACAUUGCGAACAACAAUGAAACCAACACUUUAUUGACAAAUCUUCUUGUCUCGGAUCGCUACUUGACCGACAUAUUAUCAGAAAAGAUGAAGGAUCGGCGAAGAGGACGUGUUGGCGUAUGGAGACCUCAUUUAGAAAGCAUUUCGGAAGCUACAAACGAUUUGUGAGCUAAUGUUGGUUGUUUUUCUUUAAAUAUUUUAAAAGUCGAGUUCAUUUUUUCAUAUUGGUAUGCCACUUAAAAAUUCCUGUUACUCUUGUUCUCUUCUUUUUCGACAAUUUUGUAUAUACUUGAGGGGAAAAACAAGAAAUAACAUGUAAUUGGAUGCUAUGUCUUUUAUAAUUUUAUUGUUCUGAUCAUC